AUGUCUGAGGACAAUAUCAACCCCCUCGUUGACUUUAUUGCUCACGCGUUCUACUAUCUUCCCCGUCUGGGACCUGAAAUCUCCCUGUAUGGACAUUUACUAGUAUCUGCGCUAUUUCCCAUCUGGAUUGCCGCGCAUGCCGCUCUAUCAAGGCCAUCCUCUGCUGCCAAGCCUCCCAAGAAGUCUGAUAAAGACUGUGAUGAUGAGGAUGAUGACGACGAAGAGGACGACGAUGAAGAGGGACCUGUCGAAAAGUUGGAAGGAUUGCAGCCGUCAGAUGCUUUGAUGUUCCCUUUAACGGCGGGCUUCACUCUGUGCUCCUUAUACGCGGCACUCAAAUGGCUCAAAGAUCCCUCCAUUGUCAACAAGAUCCUCGGCUUCUACUUUUCACAAAUGGGCAUGUUCUUUGCUGUGGCUUUCCUGAAGGAUGUUCUCUUGUUUGGUCGUUCCUUCAUCUUCCCAAAAUACUACCGCCAUCAAGGGAGGAUCUUCCAUGCGAAGCAGUCCGAGCGUCUGUUCAAAGCCAAAUCGACAGACGGAGUGAACAGCCCUGGGUAUGCACGAAGCUCUCCCCUUCCUGGGGUCUUUAGCAGGAUUCCACUCCCAGGAUUCAUUUCAAAUCGGCUGUGGGCCUGUCGCAACGCCUCCUAUCAACAGCUGAGACUGCGAUUUCACAUUCGUGGCUUGGUCGAUAUCAAACCUCUCGUGGGCCUUCUCGACCUUCUGAGUAUUGUUGUCGCUCUUGUCGCCGUGGUCUAUUUCCAAUUUGUGGAGAAGCCAUGGUGGUUGACCAACUUCCUUGGCUUCAGUUUCUGCUACGGAACUCUGCAACUGAUGUCUCCAACAACAUUCGGCACCGGAUCACUUAUCCUGAUCUCUUUGUUCUUCUACGAUAUCUACUUCGUGUUCUUUACUCCCGUAAUGGUUCACGUUGCCAAAAACCUGGACGUCCCCAUCAAGCUUAUGUUCCCUCGUACCGAUGAAACUGGCGAACCAGCGCAUGCUAUGCUAGGUUUGGGAGAUAUUGUGAUCCCGGGUAUGAUGGUUUGUCUCGCACUGCGUUUUGAUCUUUUCCUUUACUAUCGACUCAAGGGGGCUCAAAAGGCGAAGAUUGAAGGCUUGGAAGACGGAAUAGCCAAACCCGAGUAUCAGCGAGCAACCGGUUCGUGGGGCGAGCGAUUCUGGGCCCCUUCGGUCCAAGCGAAAGAGCCAGAAAUCAAGCCACCAUAUCACGAUGCUAGAGCCUUUCCGAAGGUAUACUUCAAGGCCAGUCUUAUCGGUUAUGUCUUUGGAAUGGUUGCCACCCUUGUUGUCAUGCAACGCUUCAACCACGCCCAACCUGCUCUUCUGUAUUUGGUUCCUGGUAUCCUAAUUUCACUAUGGGGUACGGCACUUUGCCGAGGUGAGGUUCGUUUGAUGUCAGACUUCAGCGAUGCUGAAGAGGAUGAAGAGAAAGACAGUGAAGAGAAGGAAGAUUCGGAUAAGAAACUGGCAGAUGAGAAACAUGUGCCUGCCAAUGAUGGCGUUAAGGGCCUUUUCAUGCGCAUUUUCUCUAGCGAUAUGACCGUUUUCAGCUCAAAAUCCGAGGAGAAAAAGGAGGAUGUCAACGAAAAGAGCGAGUCGACAAAAGACAAGGGAGGCAAGACCAAGGAGUCUGCAACAGAUAAGCCUGAAGUCAAAAAUGCUGAGGACGACUUGGAUUUGAUCUCGUUCUCGAUUUCUUUCCCCCGGAAGAAACACGUCAAGCAGGGUAUUGAUUAUGAUGAGGGCCCUAUCAACGAUGAAGGACUGGUGAUGAUUCCUGGCCCUAUUGAUGACGAUGACGAGCGCCCACUGAAAAAACGCCGCGGGACUCCCAGACGGUCAACCUCAGAGUGA